AUCAAUAGGAUUAAACAUUAGUUAGAAUGGCAGUGGAAUGGGCUAGAGACUGAAAAAAAAGACUUAUUUGGAAGAAAAUUAUACAUCCUUCUGACUCUUUUACUCCCCUAUGUUUUAUUAAGAGUGUGGUAAAGCUCACACUUGCUCUUAUAGAAUCUCUUUCAUAACCAAACAGCAUUUUUGUCUUUUGUUCUCAGGUUCUUGCAUUUUGAAGUACAUGGUGUACAGGCCUUUUUCAUCCAGCCGACCUUAAUUUUUAUUAAGAAGGGCUAACCUAGGAACAUGAUGGGAACUCUGCUAGUUCAUUUGCUCUUACAAGUUGUUUUGCUGUAUGAUACUUUGGGAUGGGAAGUGAGAAUGCCAAAAGAAAUUCACGGUCUCAGAGGUUCCUGUCUGGUUAUACCAUGUUCUUUCUACUACACAUCAUACCCACCUGUAAACCCAAACAGAAUUGUGUGGUAUCAGUACGUCUCUAGAGGUUAUCCUUUAGUUUACGAUCCAUGGAAACCAAAUGAGGUUAUUUGGAAGUUCAGAUGGAAAACUGAUUUAUAUAGAAGUCUCCAUAGUUGGGAUUGCAGUCUGCUGAUUAAAAACCUGGAACAGUCCCACCAAGGAGAGCAAUUAUACACAUGGAUUGACCCUGAAAAUGUUGGAAAGAGCACCUACGCAUUUUAUGAUGUCACUUCUACAAUAACUGUCGAUGCACGUCCAGAGCAGCCCAGCCUCAGUGUUUAUGGAGGUGAAAGGAUGGGUGACGCCAUCACAGUAGAAUGUUCAACUUCCCACACGUGUCCAUACAGCAAACCAACCAUCACUCUGAACGGUAUAGAAGGAUCUGAUCAAAUCAGGGAUGAUCCUUUUAAAAACGGCCAGUGGAAAAUCACUAGGACACGCACAGGUGUCGUAAAGGCUGAACGCUUGACUAUUCAGUGUUCAGUAACACAUUAUGGUGGAAUAACUGUGAGAGCUACACAGGUCAAGAAUUCAAAAUGUGUUCAUCAUAAAAUAAUGAUUGAGCCUGAGCUGACAGAUGUUACAGUGGGCAUCACGAAGAACUUUGUUUGUAGCGUCUACCAUUCCUGCCAGCAAGAGCCAACCAUCACAUGGAACUAUAAGAACAUGCAGGUCACAAGAAAGGAAAAAACAGGUUCAGGUUUAAAUCAGAUCAGCUACUCCAACAUUGCCUUUCGGGCUGCAAAAGAAGAUCAUGGAAAGAAGUUGAUAUGCACUGCAAAAUUUUCUGGAGGAGACAUUACAGCUUCUGUUAUUUUACAUGUAAAACGUGUUCUGCUCUAUGAUGCUUUGGGAUGGGAAGUGAGUAUGCCAAAAGACAUUCAAGGCCUCCAAGGUUCCUGUCUGGUUAUACCAUGUUCUUUCAAAUAUAAAUCAAACCCACCCCAAAACCCACGCAGAGUUGUGUGGUAUCAGCAGGGCUCUAAAGGUAGUUUAGUUUAUGAUCCUUUGCAUCCAAACAAUGUCAAUGAGAAGUUCAGAGGAAAAACUGAUUUAUAUGGAAAGUCAGAUUUGGAUUGCAGUCUGCUGAUCAAAAACCUGGAAUCAUCUCACAAUGGAGAUAAAUUAUACACAAGGAUUGACCCUGAAAAUAUUGCAUGGGAAAACUAUGAAACUGAUGAUGCUACCUGUACAGUUCAUGUUGAUGCGACUCCACAGAAGCCCAGCAUCAAUGUUUAUGGAGGUGAAAGGACAGGUGAUGCCAUCAUUGUAGCAUGUUCAACUGUCCACACGUGUCCAUACAGCAAACCAACCAUCAAUCUGAACGGUAUAGAAGGAUCUGACGAAAUAAAGGAUGAGUCUGUUAAAGACGGCCUGUUGAAAAUCACUCUGACGCGCACAGGUGUUGUAAAGGCAGAAAGCACGACUAUUGAGUGUUCAGUAACACAUCAUGGUGGCAUAACAGUGACAGCUACAGAGGUCAAGAGUUCAAAAUGUGUUCAUCAUAACAUAUCGAUUGAGCCUGAACUGGCAGAUGUUACAGUGGGCAUCACAAAGAACUUCACUUGUAGCGUCUACCAUUCCUGCCAGAAAGAGCCAACCAUCACAUGGAACUAUAAGAACAUGCAGGUCACAAGAAAGGAAAAAAGACGUUUGGGAUUAAAUUGGAUCAGCUACUCCAACAUUACUUUUCUGGCUGCAAAAGAAGAUCAUGGGAAGAAGUUGAUAUGCACCGCAAAGUUUCCUGGAGGAGACAUUACAGCUUCUGUAAUUUUACAUGUAAAACGUGUUCUGCUCUAUGAUGCUUUGGGAUGGGAAGUGAGUAUGCCAAAAGACAUUCAAGGCCUCCAAGGUUCCUGUCUGGUUAUACCAUGUUCUUUCAAAUAUAAAUCAAACCCACCCCAAAACCCACGCAGAGUUGUGUGGUAUCAGCGGGACUCUAAAGGUAGUUUAGUUUAUGAUCCUUUGCAUCCAAACAAUGUCAAUGAGAAGUUCAGAGGAAAAACUGAUUUAUAUGGAAAGUCAGAUUUGGAUUGCAGUCUGCUGAUCAAAAACCUGGAAUCAUCUCACAAUGGAGAUAAAUUAUACACAAGGAUUGACCCUGAAAAUAUUGCAUGGGAAAACUAUGAAACUGAUGAUGCUACCUGUACAGUUCAUGUUGAUGCGACUCCACAGAAGCCCAGCAUCAAUGUUUAUGGAGGUGAAAGGACAGGUGAUGCCAUCAUUGUAGCAUGUUCAGCUGUCCACACGUGUUCAUACAGCAAACCAACCAUCACUCUGAACGGUAUAGAAGGAUCUGACGAAAUAAAGGAUGAGUCUGUUAAAGACGGCCUGUUGAAAAUCACUCUGACGCGCACAGGUGUUGUAAAGGCAGAAAGCACGACUAUUGAGUGUUCAGUAACACAUCAUGGUGGCAUGACAGUGACAGCUACAGAGGUCAAGAUUUCAAAAUGUGUUCAUCAUAACAUAUCGAUUGAGCCUGAACUGGCAGAUGUUACAGAGGGUGUUGCACAGAACUUCACUUGUACCAUCUACCAUUCCUGCCAGAAUGAGAAUCCAACCAUUACAUGGAACUAUGAGAAUAUGCAGGUCUCAUCGUGGAACAAAAAGCAUACUGAUUUAGAUCAGUUUCAGAUUGCAUUUUCCAACAUAACCUUUCUGGGAGCAAAAGAAGACCACGGGAAAAGACUGAUAUGCAUUGCAACAUUUUCUGGAGGAAAUAUUGAAACGUAUGUUGUUUUGCGUGUACAAGAAUAUCAGAAACCAGUGGAUCAAAUCCUGAAUGAAACCUAUUUCCAAUACGUGGCAGACGUGAUACCCAAGAUCACUGCAUUGCCUCGUUCAUGUGUGGUAAUACCAUGCAGUUUCAAGUCAGAUGAGGAAUAUUCCACUGAACUUCGGGUUCUAUGGGUCACCAGAAAAGGUGGCUACAUGUUCCACACCGACCCAGUCGAUGUCUCAGACAACUUCAAAGGCCGCACAAGGCUCCUCGGAAACCCAGUUGAGCAGAACUGCACUGUGGAGAUGGAUAAUGUGCAAACUCAUGACAAUGGACCAUUCUGUUUUAAAGCAGAAAGAGAAAAUGAGAGAUACAGCUUCAACAACAGCUGUGUGUUCAUUAUAAUGCGGGCCCCUGACAAACCUGUGAUGUCAUCCCUCCCUGAAAACAUCGAGCCCGGGACACGCGUUGCUGUCAAAUGCUCAGUCAACCACACAUGCUCUUCUCACCCUCCUGAAAUCACCUGGAGCGUUCCAACAGCCCAAGAAACUAUCAGCCACAAUCACAUGGGUGGAGGCGUCUGGGAAACAGUGUCUGCUGUGACCUUUAUUCCAACUGGAUAUGAAGAGGAAGAUGAAAUUGUCUGCACUGCCAAAUUUUGGGGCGGUAAAACACAGGAAAAUACUGCCUUCCUCAGCAUCAGAAGAUUGCAAAGGCUUAAAUUGGAGGAUGUUGGACUGUAUGCAAUAGUUCCCUUACUGGUGUUCAUCCUCAUUUGUGUCCUUGCUGGAGUCAUAAUAUGCAGGAGACGGCACAGAAAGCCUCGUCAUGAUAUGCAAGGGUCACAUACACAUUCUGAACAGAGGAGAUCAUUUUGGAACAGAUUUUCAAGUCGUUUUAGUAUGCCUGAAGGAAGAGUAGCUUGGAGUAACAGAGGAAACAGGAGUGAUAUCGGGUAUACUGGAAAUGCUCCUGAAAGACCACCAAAGGCUGGACAAAGACGCAGCAUCUGGAGCCGAUUUUCUAGGCAUGCUCCUGAAAGACCGCCAAAGCCUGAACAAAGACAGAGCAUCUUUAGCCGAUUUUCUAGACACCAAUCACCCAGAACCAAUGUAAAUCUGAGAGCAGAAUAUAAGGCAAACAACACAUGUAUAGUGUCAGGAAACAAGCCUUUCUCCAAACCUCAUAUGCCAUCACCGAAGAGUGAGCCAAAAUCCUACCGUGGUUAUGAUUCUAAUGCUGAUUUUAUAUAUGGAAAUGCCUGAUGAAAACGUUAUAUCAUCAGGGCCGUGCAAGUUCUCUUGAGUCUACAUCAUUUCUUCAUCCUGUUCACCUGUUCAAUAUUGUUUUAUAAAAGAAAGAUAACUAAAAGAUAAUGAAAACAAAGAAUCUUUUCACAUUAUGCUUAAGGAAGUGUUUCAUUUAAGAACUGUAAAUGCAUAAGUAGUCUUUUUUUUUAACUCUGUAGUUUGUAUUGACUAUAAUAUGCCUUUAUGCUUCACACAUUAUUCUGUAUGUUAUUCUUUUUUUUUUUUUGUGAAAUGCAUUGCUUAAAUUAUGCUUAUGCUACUAUCCUCGAAAAUAAGGAAACAUACCUGUGGCUUGUGUAUUUACACAAACAUAGUAUUUUUGUGUCUCAAAAAUAAUGGCUUGGAAAUCUACACCAAGGAAAUGUUCAGAACUGGCAAAUGACAUUUUUUAGUCUGUAAUGAAUUUAAUACCUGAUGAGAAUUAAAAGAAAGAAAGAAAGAAAGAAUCCUGUAUUGCUCUUUAGGGACGAUGCUGAAAAAGUGUGAAUUAAAAACUAAAGUUUAUAACA